GCUCAUGAAGAAUCAACAAAGGGAUCAUAUUCAAGCAAAAGAACCUACUUCCCACAGGACCCGCAAUACGUACACACUGAGACAUUUGUCUAGUUUUCCAGACUGAGAAGGGAGCGCGCGCCACAUGCCGACCCCGACUCCCCCCCAUCAAGCUCCAGCCUCGUUUCGCACCAAACACACCGGUUCUGUGUGUCAGUGGUUGAUCCUGGAUAAAUCUCUCAAAUGGACAAAGGAACACCCCCCGAUAUUCACGUUAUGCACAGUGUCGUUUUCUUUAUCAUUGUUAUGAUACGGGGGCGCAGUGGUUAAGGUUAGUGGCUCGUGGUUCCAGCAACGCCACUCCUGUUGUAACGGAGUUGGUCAAGGUCCUCAAAAUCAACUGCUGCAGUAAGAAUAUAAAAUAAAUGACAUCAAUCAAUAAAAAAUGUAAAAAGUAAAAAAAAUGUAAUAAACCAAUAUAUAAAGCGGAUUGUACAAUAAGAAACAGUGGACAAAGGCGUUACGCAAAGAAACGGGGGAGUUUGUGGGAAACGAUGGGCGAUAAUUGAGUCUCAUUAGAUGCGGAAAUUUCAGAAAAACACAAGAAUAAGGACGCGUCGCGACACGGCUCCCUUCGGGUUUCUCUGCACAUUCACUCGGCGGGUACCUUCACUGCUGUAGCUUUAGGGGGCACUCAUGUGGUAAUACAGUAUUAAUGCUGUCACGUUCACGGGGAGGAGAAGAGCAAUAAAAGCCUUUCCGCUCCGGCCGCCUCUUCGGUGACGCGCAUGUUGCUGUGAGAGAUUUUUUUUUAUUUACAAAAAAAAAAGACCAAAACAUUGUCUGUCAAACGUCACAUGGGGUCAGAAGCAAAACGCUUCCUGCAUCGUUCGUCGAGCUUUGCCGUCGUUGACUUGGCACACACGCACGCGCGGGCAUCUAUCUAGCAGCAUGCGUGCGUGAGAUGGUCGGCGCGUCAAGAUGAUCAGCAAGGUGAAGAAUGCCAUGUCCAGCCUGGUGGGGGGCAUCAUGCCGCACGGAUCCCACCACCAGCACGGAUCGGGCGGCGCGCACGGUGGGGGCGGUGGCGGCGGCGGUGCUGCUGAGGCUCUCCCGCCGCGCUUCGCUUACUCCCGGCCCGAGUUCCUGGACCUGACGCCGGAGCUGCUGCAGUACUCCACGGAACACGCCUCCCGACCCGUCCUCACGCCCAGGCGGGACACCCGGCUGCCCUGGCGGACCGGAUACGCCGAGGUCAUCAAUGCUGGGAAGAGCAUGCUGAAUGAGGACCAGGCCUGCUGCGAGCGCCUCUUUGUGAAGAAGAGCAGUGGCAAGCAGCGCAACUCUGUGCUGUUGGAGGACCACGGGGUAAGAAUUGGCCUAGGGGAGCACAGUGAUGGCACAGGCAUCCCACUCCAUUUCUGGGGAGUCUUCGAUGGCCACGCAGGCUCCGGCGCCGCUAUCGUGGCCUCCCGGCUCCUGCACCGCCUCAUUCGGGACCGACUGUGUGACAUCGCUCACCUGCUGGAGAACCCGGCCCAGGCACCCCCCAUCUGCUUGACCAAGAACGGAAGCCCCUACCAGGUGGACUCCAAGAAGGGAGCACCACUGGAAGAGGACCCAGACUCGCCAAACGACCCCUCAGCCCACUUCUACAUGGAGAAGACAGUCACCCUGGAGUCGCUCGUGAUGGGCACCAUUGAGAAUGCCUUCAAGCAGAUGGAUGACUUAAUUGAAAAGGAGAAGAGUUCCUACAGCAUAUCUGGGGGAUGCUGUGCCUUAGCAGCUGUGCAUUUGAUGGGGAAACUUUACAUAGCCAAUGCUGGAGAUAGCAGAGCCAUCAUCAUUCGCAACAACGAGGUCAUCCCCAUGUCCAGCGAGUUCACGCCUGAAACAGAGAGGCAGCGUCUGCAGUAUCUCGGCUUCCUGAGGCCCGAGCUGCUGGGGAAUGAGUUUACCCCCAUUGAGUUCCCCCGCAGGAUCCAGCAAAAGGAGCUGGGCAAAAAGAUGCUGUUCAGGGACCACACAAUGACCGGCUGGGGUUACAAGACAAUUGUUGAGGAGGAUCUCAAGUUCCCGCUGAUAUAUGGAGAAGGCAAAAAAGCUCGAGUGAUGGCCACCAUUGGUGUGACACGGGGCCUGGGGGACCAUGACCUCAAGGUGUACAACUCCAACAUCCACAUCAAGCCCUUCCUGUCCUGCUGCCCUGAGGUUAAGGUGUAUAACCUAACGGAGUAUGAACAUGGCCCCGAUGACGUUAUGGUUAUGGGUACAGAUGGAUUAUGGGACGUCACCACGGACAGGGAGGUUGCUGAUGCAGUCACAAGCUUCCUGUCAUGCUGUGACCCCAACGACUCUAUGAGGUACACGCUGGCAGCGCAGGACCUGCUGAUGCGCUCGCGAGGAGUGCUAAAAGAGCGCGGAUGGCGACUGCCUAACGACAGGCUUGGCUCAGGGGACGACAUCACUGUGUUUGUCAUACCCCUGGUGGGGCUCCGGUGGGAGACAUGACAGACCCCACCGCAGACUGCCAGCUGAGGAGGAGCUCCUGCACACACAAGCCAGCAGUGUAUACCCCCUUGCUCCCCUCCACUGGUCAUGGAGGGGCAGGAAGACAAAGUACUUACUAUUUAAGUGUAACCAUCCUAACUGACCUAAGUUGUCCUCCUAUGCUCCCCCCCACCCCCAACAGACUCAUGCUGCAGGUGUUAGAUUACAUCAUUAGCUGCCCACCCACCCGCAUUUGUUGUUUUUUACAACCUUUUCACAUAUGCAAAAUCACUGCAUCUCUGAAAAGACAAAACAUGGCUCGAACAGCUUCCACAGAGUAGCCACAUUGUGACCAGAGUGCCAUCUGUGCCGCUAUUCCUGUGUUCAGGCUGUAUGGAACGACUGUCAGGAUCCCAAACUUAUGACCAGAAGGCCGUGGCCUCCAGUCACAGUUGGAGUGGCCUUUCAUUAAAAAAUAAAUAAUGAGUUCCUUAUUAGAGUGACUAAGUGGUAAACCCUUGAACCCAGCUCCAGAUACAAGACCCUGAUGGUGAAAGGUAAUCUUGUAAGAACCUUAAAUCAGCUUGGGUUGUUAUUAAAAUAAUGACCAUUAUUUCUUUCCUUACUGCUGCCUUCAGUUCUGAUGAGUGUUUCUCUUUAUUCACUGUGCUCAUGUUCUCAAAUCUGGCAGUCUGUUAAUGUGACUGAUGAAUAAAGGAUCUCAUAGACAAAAGGCACAUGAUGGGAUUAGCUAAUAACUUGACCUGCACGAAGA